AGCUCCAUUCCAGCAUGUCCCAGUCAAUCCCAGCAUGUCCCAGUCAAUCCCAGCAUGUCCAGCACCAUCCCAGCAUGUCCCAGCUCCAUUCCAGCAUGUCCCAGUCAAUCCCAGCAUGUCCCAGUCAAUCCCAGCAUGUCCCAGCACCAUCCCAGCAUGUCCAGCUCCAUUCCAGCAUGUCCCAGUCAAUCCCAGCAUGUCCCAGUCAAUCCCAGCAUGUCCCAGCUCCAUCCCAGCAUGUCCCAGUCAAUCCCAGCAUGUCCCAGCUCAUCCCAGUAUGUCCCAGCUCCAUCCCAGCAUGUUCCAGCUCAUCCCAGCACGUCCCAGCUCAUUCCAGUAUGUCCCAGUCAAUCCCAGUAUGUCCCAGCUCCAUCCCAGCAUGUCCCAAUCAAUCCCAGCACGUCCCAGCUCAUCCCAGCACGUCCCAGCUCCCUCCCAGCAUGUCCCAGCUCAUUCCAGUAUGUCCCAGUCAAUCCCAGCAUGUCCCAGGACCAUCCCAGCAUGUCCCAGCUCAUUCCAGGAUGUCCCAGCUCAUCCCAGCAUGUCCCAGCUCCAUCCCAGCAUGUCCCAGCUCAUCCCAGUAUGUCCCAGCUCCAUCCCAGCAUGUCCCAGUCAAUC